GAGGGGGGCGUGGCGCGGCGCGGCGCGCCCUGUCCAUGGUGCGGGCGGUGGCGGCGGCGCGGGUGUCCCCGCGGCGGGAGGGCGGCGGCGCGGGGCCGCAUGGACGUGAUGUCCCCGCAACAGGAGCACCUCGGGCCGGGCCGCUCGUCCUCGGUGAGCGGCGAGAGCAGGGUCUUCGCCGCCGCCGACAGCAAGAAGAAAAUGAAGAGUUUGGCCCAAAGACGCCAGUCUGCACCAUCUUUGAUCUUUGUCAAAGCACUUAACAGAUCUAGAUCGAUCUCAAGGGAAGGCUGCUUCUCGCCCAUCAGCCCAGAGGCAUGUCCCCUUGUGCAGUCUUUCAUGUGCCACAACCGAACAUUCAUCCUGGAUGGCCAUGUGCAACUGAAGACAGGUCUGCAAACCCAGGAGAGACACCUUUUCCUCUUCACAGACCUUCUGGUUGUUGCCAAGUCCAAGUCUCACUCUCAUUUCAAACUAAAGUGCCAAGCACGUCUCUGUGAGAUGUGGACAGCAUUUUGUACAGAAGAAGUCUGUGAAGGCAGCACAGACCCAGAGAGGUCCUUUGUUUUGGGCUGGCCCACCACAAACUGUGUGGCAAAUUUCAGGUCUGCAGAACAAAAGGAAACGUGGCUGUCUUUUUUGCAAAGUCAAAUAAGAGAAGAGAAGGAAAAAGACUACCCUAAAAGCAUUCCUCUGAAGAUAAUUGCAAAGGACGUGGGAACUUGUGCAUAUUCAAAAACUCUAAGUGUAACUAAUGUUGAUACAGCAAAUGAUGUAAUUCUGAUGGCUCUGCAGCAGUUGGGAAUUAACGGCUCUGAAAAAGACUACAAGCUGUGGGUGAUUUCAGGAAGAGAAGAUGCUCCUUACCCUCUUAUUGGACAUGAAUAUCCCUUUGGAAUUAAAAUGAGCCACAUUCGUGACGCUAUGCCCCACGGAUCAAAGCACUGUGCCUGCCCCAGGCAGCUUCAGGGGUCCUUCUUGACAGAGCAGCUGCCCCAGGAGCUGCAGUGCCAGUUUGUGCUGAAGCCAAGCCGCCUGGCUGUGUGCCAGCAGCUGAAUGACUUAAGCCAAAAGUCAUUUAAAAGGAAAAGAUCUAUCAUAAAUUGGGCUUUUUGGCGUGGCCCAGGCACUCACUUGGACAAUGCACCCCUCUCCUCAACAUCUGCUGCUCCUGGGAAGCUCUUCGGCCUCUUGCUAACAGCCAUCUGUGAGGAUGACAACCUGCCCAAACCCCUCUUGGACAUGCUUUCCCUCCUUUACCAAGAAGGCCCGUCCACUGAGGGUAUUUUCAGACGCUCUGGAAGUGCAAAAACCUGCAAAGAGCUCAAGGAGAAGCUUGAUUCAGGUGCUGAGGUGGACCUAGCCUGUGAAUCCAUAUUUGUGACAGCAUCUUUGUUUAAGGAUUUUCUUCGCAACAUCCCAGGUAGCAUUUUGUCAUCCCAGCUCUGUGAUAAGUGGGUCUCUGUGAUGGAUCAAGGAAAUAAUGAAGAGAAGAUAAAAAGCAUCCAAAGGUUAAUAGAGCAGCUCCCCAGAGCUAAUGUUGUUCUCUUACGUUACAUCUUUGGAGUACUGCAUGGUAUAGAAAGGCGAUCUGAAGAGAACCAGAUGAAUGCAUUUAAUCUGGCUAUCUGCAUUGCACCUAGCUUGCUCUGGCCUCCUGUUUCCUCCACUCCUGAUAUAGAAAGUGAAUUUACAAAAAAGAUUUCUAGUCUGGUACAGUUCCUCACUGAGAACUGCUGCAGGAUUUUUGGAGAGGAAAUUACCUCCCUCUUUGGAGAAAUACUGAUGACAUGCAAGAGAGAGAACAGCUCAGAUGCUGUUUCUCUCCAUCUGAAUGACUCUUCGUAUGACAGCCUGGAAAACGAGGCAAAUGAUGAAGCUGACUCUUCUUCUAGUGACUGGAUUAAGAACCGAGAUCAGGAUAACAGGAGCAGGGAGUCUGUCUUCACUCUGAGUGAUGGUGAUUCGGAGCAGACAGAGGUAGAUGAAAUCCAAAGUAAAACCAAAUCGAAACAGUUGACAAUUUCUGUUGACGUACACCGUAAGUUUUCAUCACAAGAAAACUCAGAGAAUGAGUCUCUCUGCUCCAGUGCACUGGGCUGCUCUUCAGCAGCCACCUCAGAUGCUCUCAAAACCUUGAGGAGGCACAGGCGCUCCUCAGAGCCUGCAAUUGGCCUCCUCGCUUCCAACUUUGCCCGCAUUGGUGAUGGUCAUGAGAAGGCAACACGCAAAGCCAGCUGUGAUGUUGUCCUGUUUCAUGAGGAUGAAGACUAUCUCCGUCAGCUUCGGUCAUUGCAGAUGGAAGGGCAAAAGCUUAUCAAUCAGAGCUUGAUUAUAGGGAUUAACGUUGGUAAAAGUGACAACACAAACCAGAACGUUGAAAAGAAAGACUUGUCCCAUUGCCUCCUGCCUCCAAUGCCAGAGGGAUUAAAUAUUUGCUCAGGAUUUAGCUCUUCUAGCCUGUCUUCUCCUGGGACAUCUCCAUCUGUGUCAUCAAUGAGCUCUCUGGACAGUGCUUUCUCUCAGUUUUCAGACCAAUCUGUGUUUACCCCAACUGAAACCUCCUCCCCUUUUGAUAGCACUUUUCAGCCGCUAAAGAAACCUGAAGACACUGCCGCUGAAGCAGAUGAUGACUAUUUGGUUACACCUACCAAGGUGCCACCAUGUCCACAACCUACCGACGCUUUGGCUGAGAGGGGCUCAAUGGAGCUCAACAGCAGGCCAGCACCCCUGAAGCCUACUGACGGAGUCGACGGCUAUUUGAUUAAGCCUGACAUUCAGCCGUUACCUCUGAGAAUCACAGGAAGAGACAGACUUCAUGAUCCAAGAUCAAAGAGGAGGUCUAGAAGAGCAUUACAACAAUCCAAAGUUUGAAGAGACUGACCAAAGCUUUUUUGCGGAGGAAUCUUAAUGCUUAAAAUAAACACCAUAAAGAAAAUGCCUUGGGUUUUAAUGUGUGUUCAUUUUAAGUUUAAUAUCCAGGUUGUUCAAAUGUAAUUGAGCAGUUCCCAGAUUCACAGCUUUUCUUUUUUUAGGAAACUGUCUGAGUAAUGUUCCCACAUAAAGCUUUGCAAGAACAUUGUAAGAAUAAUAAAAAUUGCUAAAAAACAAGCAAACAGAAAUCUCCCCAAAAUCUGGAUGGGUCCCAGAAGGAAAUUAAGAGCAGCGCCCUGUUCUCUGAGCCUGCCAGGGCAGCAGGGUGCCUGCUGGGCCUCUCCCCUUGACCACUCGUGUGUUGAGCCUUGCGGAUGUGAGUCCCAGUCCUUUGUGGUUUUGAUGUAGUGUGCAAAGUCAGCAUAGAUCUGUGGUACUAUACUACUGUUCUGAAACUGAUAGGUAUUACCUUCAUUGUCCUCCAAGGAAUAAGUGUAUUGUUUUCUGUAUGUUUAUAAGGUAUGUUCGAUAGGUGUAGUUAUUUCUUUCACACUGCAAAGGAAAGAGAAAAAUAAGCUCAAAAAUACGUAAAGAGAAAUGCUGAAGCUUGUAACUAACACCUCGCAACUCUGUGUGUUUCAUAUCUUGUGCUUCGUUGGCUUGUUCUUUUUGUGUUUAAAUUGUGAAUAGUUUCUUAACACUGCUGUAAAUGGCAUUAUGUAUUAUUGCAAGCAGAACACAUGUAAUUUUAUUAUGCAGCAUCUAAAACAUCAUAUAAUAUAUUAAAAGUAAUGCAUUAUCUAAAUGCUUUGAGUUUGUAUAAUAUAUCCUGAUAAAUUUUGCUAUUAUAUAUGUUCUGAAAAAAAUGUGUAUUUUUGUACUUGCAAAAAACUGCUGCUAAUUUUACGAGUUCUGUUUUGUUGUUACAGCACUGAUAUUGAUGUAUAUGCAUUCAAUGCUAUAUAUUAAAUAUUAUUUGUUAUGUCAUAAAUUCAAUUUAUAUUCUGUGUAAAUUUUUUUAGGUCAGUUCUACAAGCUAUUGCUGAAGCAAAAGUCCCAGUGAUGCCACUGCAAAUCUUGCAUGAGGAAGGACUGCAGCAUUUUUCCUCCACUUUGGGUGGCAUCAUUCAUACUGUAUGUCAUCAUCCUGUUGACUUUUAUAAAUUUUGAUAAUAUUCAAACAAUAGUUCCUACCCUUUUGCUCUUCAUCUAGAAAGAUGAGGGUGUUUUCAGUUAACGGGAUGCAGUUAACGACAUGGAGGUGCAAAGAGAUCUUCUUAGGUAAUAGGUAUCAGGGUUGGAAGCAAGAAAAGGUGGGGAGCAAGACACUGGAUGAGAGCAAGAUUUAUUCUUUAAUACUGGCAGGUUAUAGAAGAAGCUAGAAGGAAUGGCAGGGCUAAACUAAAUACAUCUGGGCAUGUGUGCAUGCAUACACUGCUUCUGAAAUUGCAUUGACUUAUUCAUUACCUUUCCAUUUUCAAAAGCCCUCCCCCGCUGCAGUUUGGUAAUGGCCAGUUGUGGAGUUUCAGAUCCUAUUCUGCUUAACUAUGCUCUCGUAAAGGUGCUUAUGCUCCUGAGUCACUACACAUUUCUAAAAAAUGUAAACGCUGUCCAGUACACUAACCCAUUUCCAAGUAUUAUCAGCAUUAAAGGUUUUUUUCUCUGUAUCAGACAGAAUGGAUGCUCUCCAGCAGAUUGAGGA